CACAAUUUUUUUUUGGUUCAGAACUUUGUUGCUGCAUUAUGGGUGCUCAAGCUUCAAAACAGGUUGCCCGGAAGUUUCCUCAACAUGCCAAUCCAGAGACCUUAACACAAGUCCCAAAGACUUCUCCUUCAUCAACACCUUCCUCCUCACAUCUUAAUUCCACGCCAGAUACUGCAUAUGUUGCCGAUGAUCACAAAAGCGAAGCUAUACAAGAAGACGGAAGAGACCCAGAUUUUGCCAAAAAGCUGAAUACGAUAGGCCAAGUAAAUGUGCCAGAAUUCAAAACAAAAUAUCGACCGUCAGAUUCUAUGCUUCAGAUUAUGCGCCAACGUAGUCAAGUAGAAAAGGCUGAAGAUUUCGAUCCUUUAUUACCAAAGUCCCAGAAAGCCGAGAAUCGCAUCACUAUAGACGAUUUGUACAGCCUUUUGGAGCAACGCAAGCUACUUCCUGCCAACGCUUCAAACGAAGACCUCCAGCAACUGACAAGCAAGUAUCCUUUAAAUCAGCAGACUGUCCAUACCUUGUUCAAAUAUGUGAACAACAUCACACCAUUUGAUGUUGGCAGCGAAGAUGAGAGACAACGAGGCGUUUGGGUUGAAAAUAGAGAGGGGCUUAAAAGUUAUAUGCAACAAGCGCACGCUAUCACCAAAAAGCGAGAAGAAUCUCGAAAAGCGGAAAAGGCUGAUAAACCAAAUAGUGCCCAACCAGAUAGUGAAAGGAGAAAGAAGGAAAAGGAAUUGGAAGACUUAUUUACAGAUUAGACAGGUAGACGGACGGUACUCUUUUACUUCACUGGACUUUAGCUGUUCUAUUUGCAGAAUAAAUGUACCUCUUCCUUUUCAAAACAUACAACGGCUUUAUCUAUUCCCAUAUCAUAAUUGAGCCAUCCACGCUACCGGAUAUCAUGGCGGUUUCGGUCGGAUGGUAAUCGAUAGAAGUGACAAUUCCCUUGUGACCUUCCAACGCCUCAACUUGAUUACCCUGAUGAUGAAAUUAUUAACAGACUUUUCAAAAAUGUCCAACUGCAGUCGUUCAACUCACCUCUAAUAAAUCCCAUAUAUACAAUUUGUUGUCCUCGGAUCCGCUAAGCACAUAUGCAUCAUCAUUGGAAAACGCUGAUUGCAAUUUGUACUCUGUAUGCUGAUGUCCUUUGAAUCUGGUGCAAAACAUUAGUCUUUGGCUAUUCAAAC